AUGGAAAAUGAAAGUCUCCCGGGUAUUUUGUCCUCGAUAGACACACUUCUAUGUCUACAUUUCGCUUCGAGCACCACAAUCCCAACUCUCUUUGAAAUAUGUACAAAAGCUACUCAUCUCACGAAAAGACGAGUAGACCAAUCAGUAGUAGAACAAAUCGUAGGCUACGACCCUACCCUCUACAAUGUAGUAUACACGGGCACAUCAUGUAAUGACUAUGGCUUGUCGAUUCCGUCGGGAGUGUCUUUGGCUAAGUUUGGAGCAUCGAUUCCUCAUAGAAAGACUAGACUAGAGGAGAAAGUGCGUGACACGAGCACGAGUUAUCCUCCUGCGAAGUUGGCGUCGCUUGUUCGACUGCAGAAACCGGUUUUCGUGGAAUCGCCGUCCAAAUUCCACCGCCACAGUUUGUCUGUAUCGUCCUCUCCCAGUAAAGAUCGAGGAGGCUUCGGAAGUGCAUCUCUGUCGCCAACUAAACGAUUGGCAAGUAAUCUAGACUUGUUGCCGGUCACGCCGACGAAAAAAGGCGGUGCUGGUUUGGACUAUGACUUAGAUUCGCCCACAGACAUGCCUGACUCGCCGACCAAAUCAAGAUACCGUACUUCGCCAUCCAAAGUCACUAAGUUAUCGGAGCUUCUAUCCAACAGCCCUAAAAAGUUUGUCCUUAAGCAAAUGCCUGUAGAGAAAGGAAGCAUGUCUCUUCUUGAGCGAAUCAAAUUGAAGGAGAAGCUCCGAAAUGAGGAAAAAGAGUUGCAUUCGCCCGAGAAGGCCUACCGGGAAAGGAUACUAAGUAAAAUGCCUCAGCUAUACGACGUCAUUUAUGAGCUUUCGAGCUCCGACGAGGAUCUGCUGCCGCAGUUCAAGUGCUUUUCGAUCCCGAAGAUAAUUUCCAUGGUCCAAGACUCAUUUACACUCACGAUUAGCGAACAAGAGGUGAAGGAUACCAUCAGCGAGCUCACUAAAGCAAUCCCUAGUCGUAUCGAGAUAAUAGAGCAGGGCAGCAUUCUGGCAAUCAAAGUGCACAAGUUGAACCGCGAGGAAGACUUAGUAAAUAUCAACGAAUCAAUAAAGAUUAACUAA